AUGUCGAAUCGAUCAGGUCAGGGUAGACAAGACAACAAGGGUUUCACCAAAAUCCACAAGAAAUUUGUCCCCAAAAAUUCCAAUCCAACCCUCUCAACCUCCCUUAGACAAACCCAACCAUUCAUCCCCGCCACCACUAGUGGAACCUCAAACAGAGGGCAAACUGGGAAUUUUGUUAAAUACUUACCACAAGACGAGGCCGUGGCGGCGGGUCUCGGCGCGGAAGAUGGAGCUUUGGAUCCCCUCCACUCUCAGAGAGUCGUAGAUCUUUCCAACACACUCUUGUCACUUUUGCUCACGUGCAAACCCAAGCAAUUCUGGACUCAAGUGGCUGCUGACACUUCCCUUCACGAGUUUUUAGACAGCUUCUUGCAAUUCAGGAGUAGGUGGUAUGAUUUUCCUCAUCGCGGGGUGAAAGGGAUUGUUGCAGGUGUUAUUGUUGGAGAGAUUGAUUUGAGUCGCCGUGUUUUCAUGGUAUUGUAUCGCAUAUCUUCGAAUAAAGACCCUGGUGCUCGGCCGGCCGAUGCCCUCAGUUUGAGAGACCAUGGAGGUGGGAUCUCGUUUAACCUUCUUUUGGUUGUGGACAAUAAAGACAUUUUUAUUGAUGUUAAUGUGAAGGCUACAAUGUAUAAAGAGAAAAAGUUGCUUGAAUUGCCAAAGUUGUUGGAUAUAUGUGCCAUAUACUAUCACGAAAAUGAAGAACUGACAAGAUCACUGGUUAGAAAUGCUUUAAAUGCUCAACCUUGGAUCCACAAUAAUCUGAUCGGAGUAAUAACCCAUUUUCUAGGAAUUGUCAGCACAAUGCAUGAACGUUGCAGUUCAUCAUUGGAGGUGUUAUUUUCUUCUGGAAAUCUCGAUCACCAUAAUGCUGCUUUUCUUCAAGCUGAUCUGCUGGAGGUGAUGGACUUUAUAAAUGAUGCAAUUGUAUCAAUGGAUUCUUUUGUUAGUGCAUACGAACCAGCAGCUGUAUUCUUUUCUUGUCCAGUUGAAAUGAGUUAUGGAAACGAGGAACUGCUGAGCCUCCUUGCCAGAUUGCAUGAUUCACUAAUUCCAUCAUUGCAGAAGGGAUUCCGAAUGAUGUUUUCUGACAAACACAACGACUCGGUAUCUGAUAUCUUCGUUAGUCUGAAGAUGUUAAAAAUAAGAUUGGUAAAGUUUGGUUGGCAACUAUUGCACUUGUGUUAUCUAAGUGAUGAAGUGUUCAGAGAUGGCCUCCCUCUUCCAGCUUCCACGAAGAUGUUUCCUGCCAAUGUAGAGGACCCAGUCAUCCGAGCAGAUAUUCUGGUUCAAACAUUUAGAGAGAUCAAUUCAGUAUCAUCACAUUCUCGGGAAAUCCAUCAGAAGGAAACAUUUCUUCAAGAUGUUGAAAGAAAUUUCAGUUUACUAAGCAGGAUUGAAAGAUUAAAGGAUAGUGGAUGGAUAUUCAUUGAUGAUGAACAGUUUCAAUAUCUAUUCGGGAUGUUGAGUACUGUGAAAGAGAUUUAUAAGGACCCAUAUUCUGCAGAAACCCCUGUGCCAAACCAGUCAUUGCUGACAGAUGAAGAUGCUGCAAUUGCAGAGUCAAACAUCAGUCAAAUUAGGGACCUUUUCCCUGAUUACGGUAAAGGAUUUUUAGCUGCGUGUCUUGAGGUCUAUGACCAAAAUCCAGAAGAGGUUAUUCAAAGAAUUUUAGAGGGAACCCUUCAUGAAGAUCUGCAGAACCUGAACACCUCGCUAGAGACAUUGCCACCAGCCAAGUCUACCACCGUGGGUGGGAAAGAUAAAGGAAAAGGUAAAUUAAUUGAUUCUACGCCAGCAUCCUCAAGUCCAGAAGUUGUCAGGGAGAAGCAACAGACACAGGGGUCAUUGAUGUCGUCCUCUGCUUCGCUAGGAAAAUUUGUGCGGAAAUCUAAAGCUGACAUACCUGAUAUCAGUCUUUUGGAUAAAAAAGACGAGAAAGAUACAUCAAAAACUGCUGCUAUGAUUUUACAAUAUGAAUAUGAAGAUGAGUAUGACGACUCUUUUGAUGACUUGGGUUUAAGUGUAGCAGACUCUGGAGUAGAAGAACAUGAGACACUAGGUGACCAAAUAAAUGCAAAAUCAGGAAAAUCGUGGGCAUCAGAGAGUGGAAACUCGGUAAAAAAUGCCCCUGAUUCAAAAUGGGGCUCCAGGAGAAAGCCACAGUACUAUGUGAAGGAUGGUAAGAAUUACAGCUACAAAGUGGCUGGUGCGGUAGCAGUGGCAAAUUCUGAUGAAGCUUCACUAAUAACGCAAGCUCAGAAAGAGUUAAUACAUGGCCUUGGACGUGGUGGCAACCUUCCUCUUGGUGCAGUAAAGAAGUUGACAGAUUCCUACAAGGAGGAUGAUAACCAAUUCCAGGUUUCUGAAAUGGAAGGGAGAGGGGUUGCGGCCAAUUCUUUUGGUAGGGGUAGUAGGAAGGAAGGUGGAAGACAGAUUGCAUCUCAUCAGCAGCAGGAGCAACAAUCUGAUGAUUCUGAGGUGGAUGGGAAUAACCAAAGGGGUAGAGGAAGAGGGAGAGGGAGGGGCAGGGGAGGAGGAAGAAACAAUCACCACCAGAAGGACCGAGCCAUGAAGAAGCAUUUCUCUGGAAUGAGCGGUUAUUAA